UCAGAAAUCAGUGCAUAUAAAAUGAGUAUUUGAUUUCACCUGAUGCAUAUAUUUGUUUGGCUUUCUUGGAUUGAAAAUUUUAUAGGGUAAAUAAAUAUUAUUGUUUAUAAUUCAUAUCUUUAUGAUAUUCACAUAUGGUCAUUUUAUACAUACAGACACACACACACUCGAACACACACACACACACACAUUGUCACGUCUGCUGAGCUGCGCAUUAAGCACUUUUUAAUUAAUAGACGCUCCGGCAGUAGUCCAGACACUGCCGCUGUGGGCGCAGGCACAGUGGCUCAGUGGCUCAGUCUUUGCUCAGACAUCGAGAAGAUGCGGCGCGACGGCAACGAACUAGAACGAGAAAUCAAAUUAAGCUAAGCAGAGAUUGGCUCCAAUUCCAUUCAGGCAUUCAGUCAUUCAGCUAUUCAGCCAUUCAGCCAUUGAGUACGCCAUGUGCUGGUGCGCACGUGUCUAUUGGACGGUUCUACAGAAUCUGUUCGCGCGCCUCUUCAACAGCCUCACGGAUCGCAACUGCGCCAGUGGCUAUCGGCGGAGCUGCUGUGUCUGCUGCGGCAGCUACAGGCGCCAGCCCGGUGACAGCGACAGCGACGCCGACGCCGAGAGCGACGCGGCCAAACAAGUUUCAGAAUCGAUCGUUGAUGACGACCUGCGACGAGCAGCACCACACGAUUAUGUCAUAGUGGAUGAAGCCGAUGCCAACUAUGUGGAGAUCGAGCAGCGUCAAAUCGAAACUGAGCAAUAUUACUUCACCGUGGACCGCAGCAUGGCCGAGCGCAUGCUCUACCAGCGAGAGGACGGCGCCUGUCUAGUGCGUCCCUUCAAGGCGACGGACGUGUGCAUCAAGUACAUUGUGAGCAUCUGGGCGGGGGGUAACUAUUAUCACCUGUUUGUGCGGCAAAUUGAUAUGCGCCAGAGAUUCGCCAUUGGCCAGUGGAAGCCGCACGAGCGCCACUUCAGCUCGCCAUGCGAGAUCAUUGAGUUCUACGCGGAGCACCCGCUGCUCUGCACCAACAAGGAGCGCAGCCAAAGCGUGCGACUGAAGCCCAUCAGUUAUGCCUAGCCAAAAUAUCGACAUCUUAUGCUUAGAGUUUAGGUUAAGUUUAUUGGAAUUACGAGUAAGAGUAAGAUAAAUUAUGUACAAAUUGCGUAACUUAAGCUAGUUAAGUAGGCAGCUGGGUCAGCUAGGUGGCCACGACUGCCUUGAAGGCGCACCGGUUGUUCUGCAUCAGAGCGGGCCAGAGGAAGGCCUUGAUCAGGUCCGAGCGACGAUCGGACUGCGGGUGGCGUUCGUGCUUCUCGGGACGCAGAAAGCCUAGAUAAUAAUAACAUAAAUAUGUAUUAAUAGUAAAUUUAAUUAAAUAUGUAAAUUAA